AUGCUGGCAGUUUGCACAGCCAAUAAAGAUUGGCAAUAUGGUAAUUACACUGGCUCGGGUUUUUACAAUGGCUCAUACCACCUCAAUAAGACCAAAGGACCCAACAAGAUCGUAGUUGGUGGAUCGGAAAAUUGGCAUUUCGGAUUUAACUACACAGAUUGGGCUUUGAAGAAUGGUCCAAUUUACAUCAAGGAUACUCUAGUUUUCAAGUAUGAACCACCAAGUGACACCAUACGUCCUCACAGUGUGUACUUGUUCCAAGACUUUCAGAGCUUCUUGAAUUGUGACUUAAGCCGAGCAAGAAUGGUGGGAAAUCAGACACGAGGUGGCGGAGACGGCUUUGAGUUUGUGCUCCAGAGGUGGUGGCCUUACUACUUCGCUUGCGGCGAACACAAUGGUUUACACUGUAAGGACGGGCUUAUGAGGUUCCCCGUCUUCCCAAUGUUUCGCGGCUGGCAUUACUGAUCGAUUAA